CAGGUCAGACACCUCCUUCCCCCUCAGUCUCUCGACGGACAAUUUCUCUGCAACUACCCAGAGAGAUUCUACAAUGGUUUCUGAAGCCCCCAACGAUUUGCCUGUGCGCCCUGCCGCACAGGCAGAGGACAACGCUCAAAACGCUGCUGCCCCGCCAAAAGACGCCAAAAACCAAGCCCCCGCCGCCGACGUUCUCCCUGACUGGCUCGUGGAGAGGAAUAAUUUCUUCGAGGAACUUUGGCAACAACAUCUGGAGGAGGCCAAGUCCCGCCCGCGCCCUGAGAUCAAAGUCACCCUCGAUAUCGGUGACGGCAACCCUUACUCUGUCCCCGCAAAGGCCUUCGAGACCACCCCCGGGUCUUUCCUGCGUGACGUACCCAAGGAAGCGAGCGCCGACGUUGUUGUUGCAAAGGUUAAUGGAGAAUUGUGGGAUCUGAACCGUCCUUUGGAGGGUGACUGCACGGUCUUACUAGUCAAAUUCUCUUCCGAGGAAGGACGCAUGGUUUUCUGGCACAGCUCUGCGCACGUUCUCGGCGAAGCCUGUGAGUGUGAAUUCGGGUGUUUCCUUUCCCAUGGACCCCCCGGACCCAGCGGGUUCUUCUACGACGAAAAAUUGCCUGGGGAUCGUGUCGUGCUCCCCUCCGACUGGCCCGCACUCGAGAACAGGGCCUCGCGCAUUUUCAAGGAGAAGCAAAGCUUCGAUCGAUUGGAGGUUUCCAAGGAGAAUCUUAAGAAGAUGUUUGCGGCCAAUAAGUACAAGCUACACUACAUUGAUAAGCUGGUGACUGGGGAGAAGAGCACCGUUUACCGCUGUGGUACUCUGGUUGAUCUUUGCCGUGGACCUCAUAUCCAGAACACAGGCAAGAUCAAGACUUUCAAAAUCCUGCAGAACUCCGCAGCAUACUUCCUCGGUGACCAGAGCAAUGAUUCCUUGCAACGUAUCCGUGGUGUCGCUUUCCCCGAUAAGAACUCCAUGAAGGAGCACUUGAAGUUCCUUGAGGAGGCCGAAAAGCGCAACCACUUGAAAAUCGGCAAGGCACAAGAGCUGUUCUUCUUCGACGACGUCUCCCCUGGAAGUCCUUUCUUGCUACCCCGUGGUACAUUGAUUUUCAAUGCCAUACAGAAGCUGCUCCGAUCCGAGUACCGCAAGCGCGGCUACCAGGAGGUUCAGACCCCGAACAUGUACGAUGUCAGCAUCUGGAAACAAUCCGGUCACUGGCAGCACUAUGCCGAUGAUAUGUUCAAACUGGACGUCGAUAAGCGCGACUGGGCCCUGAAGCCCAUGAACUGCCCCGGUCACUUUGUCCUGUUCGGCCACCGUGAUCGUAGCUACCGCGAGCUCCCGCUAAAAAUCUCAGAUUUUGGGUGUCUCCAUCGUAAUGAAGCAUCUGGUGCUCUGAGCGGCCUGACCCGUGUGAGAAAGUUCCAACAGGACGAUAGCCAUAUCUUCUGCACAAACGAGCAGAUUGAGUCUGAAGUCGCAGGCUUGUUCGACUUUUUGGAAUCCAUCUAUGGGUUGUUCGGUUUCACCUUCAAGUUGAAGCUGUCUACUCGCCCUGAGAAGUACAUGGGCGACUUGGAGCUCUGGAACCGCGCCGAGGAGCAGCUCAAGCAGGCCAUGACCAAAUUCAAGGGCAACGACUGGGUCAUCGAUGAGGGUGAUGGAGCCUUCUACGGCCCAAAGAUUGACAUCACCAUUGCGGACGCUCUCAAGCGUGAGUUCCAGUGCGCCACCAUUCAGCUGGAUUACCAGGCUGCCAUCAACUUCAAGCUUGAGUACGUCGAUAAGGAGAAGCCCAAGCAGGAGGACAGCGAGAAGAAGGAGGGUGAGACCUCCAACCAACCCGCACCUGGCCGAUCCCGUCCUGUGGUUAUCCACCGUGCCAUCAUUGGUAGCUUCGAGCGCUUCCUUGGCAUUAUCACGGAGCACUUUGCUGGAAAGUGGCCAUUCUGGAUCAGCCCUCGCCAGAUUAUGAUCAUUCCAGUCAUGCCGGCUUUGAAUGCCUAUUGCGAAGAGCUGCAAGAGAUCCUUCGCGCGGACAAGUUCAAUGUGGAGAUUGAUAUUAGCGGCAACACUCUCCAGAAGAAGAUUCGUACUGCCCAAUUGGCUCAGAUCAAUUUCAUCUUUGUGGUGGGACAACAGGAGAUGGAGUCUCGUUCAGUCAACAUCCGCAAUCGCGACGACCCGGCUACCCAGAAGCUCGGUGUGAUGGUGCCCCUUGACGAGGUUCGGGCGAAGCUGACGGCGCUGCGUAAGGAGCGUCGGUUGGAGAACAAGCUGUAG